AUGUAUGACAUACCAGAAGAUUGUUUGUUGACGUAUGACCCUGACUACUUGGACUUACAUUCAAACAGCACAGAUUUCGAAGACUCACAUAUUUUAAGGGUAGCUCCCAAAAGCGGUAACCAUAGUCUAUUCAACAAAAAAAAAUUAUUGAAACUGUCCAGCAAAGAUAGAACAUCUGAAAACGCACUAUACAACAGUGAAAUGUCCAAAAGUAGUUCUAAAGUAUUGUAUGAAACAGAAACGAUUUAUAAUGACACUGAAAAAGAAUCACAGUUGUAUAAAAGUUAUAACAACCGAAAAACUCAAAUGAUACAACAAAUCGAAGCAAAAAAUUCAAAACGACACAAAAUUAUCCCAUCCAUAUCCAGUAUUUUUAAAAAGUCAAGUAAUCACUGUACACCAAGGACAGCUUUGAAGGAAAGCAGAGUAGAAAACAGUAGUCAAACGUAUCACGCUAUUUAUGACCCUAGAGCAGUUAAAUCUCGUAGACGACAACAGCACUAUGCAGUCCAACCUGUUUAUGGGAUAGAAAGGAACAUUUACGCCCAAACUAUUCCGUAUAAACGUCUGAAAAAGAAUCGUGAGCCGCUACCGGCCCAAAUAACAUCCAGAGACCAAUACUUUAACACUGUUUAUAGUUUAACCUCGUCAUCCGAAGUAGAUCAUCAAUUGCGUCACGUAAUAGAAACAAAGAGGAAAUGGACAAAACAAGUUGAUAGUAAUGUUCAGAAAGAUUUUAAAGACGGAAAUUUUCUCAGACCAAGCCAUAAGGACCAACAGCAAUUAACUAAUUUGAUAAAACGGCGACGUAAGUUCCCGUUCCAAGUCUACGCGAACCCUCGACAAUACACUACUGUGUUAAUGCCCAAUUCUGAUGUAAGUAGCACCACUAGCGCAGUUCCUUCUACAUGUUCGGGUUUCUGGGACUAUCUCUUCAAUAAAAUUAACAGUAAAUACCAAAAAGUACAAGUCUACAAGACUUGUAAGUGUUGUGCCACUGAAAGAGUAAUAAAAACCAGUCCUUGCUGUAAUGCUGCCUGCAACGCUGCUCGCGACCCCUCGACUGACCCUUUGCGGCCACUGACAAAUACAUGUUCUUGUAAUGCCCCAGUUUCUGAAAAUCAGGAGCCUUCAGAUCCCCCACAGACUGCGUCUACGCCUGCUCCGUCAGCUAAAUUUAGUAUUGCACCAAAAUCUCAAAGACAUAAUACAUCAUCGGGAGAUGUCAACGAAUCAUCGCAAAAAACUGAAAUAUCAGAGAGAUAUGAUCAGACACCACAGUGCCAAAUGGGGCACAAUGAUUUAACAGCGGCUUUAAAUCAAAAAUAUAAUGGAGAAAUACUAUGCAUUCACAAUCCCCCUUGCAUUGUAAUCAAUGGGUGUUUAAAUUUACCACCCAUUGGAGACAAUCAGACUAGAUCAACGCCAAUGUGGCCAGUAAGUGAUUCUUCAAAGCCUAGCUAUCAGAAGAUAUAUAGAGGUAAACGUUCUAAAAAGAAGAUCAAGAAUAAUCAAGAAGAUGUUUUUGAUAAAAACCUUGGAAAUGGAGCUGUUGAACGAAGCAGCCAGUACCAUAACCAUGAAGUUAAAAAUCAAGUCGACAAGUCCAUAAAAAUGGAACGCAAUAGCAUCGACCAAAGUUGCCAGUAUUUAUCGCAGACAGUAGACCAAUAUCAGCUGACUGAACUGUCGACAGAAGAAAAAAAUAUACAAAGUUAUUGUAACCACGCACCCCCUUGUCAAGUUAAGAGAAAAUGCCAUAAGCCUAAAUAUGGCCCGAUUUUGAAUUCCAAUUGUUUCCAUGUGCCUAUGUGUGAGAAUAUACCUGUGUGCCUGCUAGAUUCAAAUGACGCGAUCGAGAUCAAAACGACAUGUCGGCACAGGCCGAAAUGUGUCGAAGUACCAAAGUGUAGCAUAGAUUAUUUUGUACUAAACGCUAAAGGGGAGACUGGUACUCAAGUGCGGCUGAAAGCCAAGUUGGUGUGCCGCCAUGCCCACCCCUGCAUUAUGAUACCAAAGUGUUUGGCACAAAUGUGUGCCGAAGGUUACACGCCCCAUGACGCUAUACCGAGCUGUGUGCACCGGCCUCGCUGUGAGAUGAUCCCCGCAUGUUGCAGGCAAUCAGCCAAAGAAAUGGUUUCUCACAAACCACCGAUAAAGGCCCGGAUACCAGUGUUUUAUCAGAACAAACUGUUGAAAUUAUUAAGUGUGAGACGUUCGCGCCAAAUGUGA